CCUCCUCCACCUCCUCCUCCUCCUCCUCUGCAGGUUUCACGCGGACGCACCGUGUGCUCCAGCAGAUGUGAUGUUACAAACAAGAACACUACUGUUUUUGCUGGAUGUUGUGUCUGUGCCGUGAGGUGAGAGCUCCCACACAUCCUCCAGCUCCGCGCGGCCUCCGGCUCCAGGAUGGUGGAUCUGUCCGGAGGUGGCGCAGCGUCGCCCGGACUCAGCCGACACGGAGGACCGGGCUCCGGGAGCACCGGCAAGAAGACGACGAAAAAGUCUCGAACGAGAAGAGGCAAGCGAGGCAGGAGGAGGAGGAAUAAAAAGAACAGGAACAACAAAACACCGCCUCCAUAUUUACCGCCGGAGGCCGAAGAAGGAAACAUCGAAUAUAAGUUGAAGCUGGUGAACCCGACCCAGUAUCGCUUCGAGCAUCUGGCCACGCAGCUGAAGUGGCGUCUGCAGGAGGGACGCGGCGAGGCCGUCUACCAGAUCGGGGUGGAGGACAACGGCCUCCUGGUGGGACUGACGGAGGCCGACAUGAAGGCCUCGCUCCGGACCCUGAAGAGGAUGGCAGAGAAAGUCGGAGCCGACAUCACCCUCCUCAGAGAGAGGGAGGUGGACUACGACUCGGACAGAAACACUCGUAAGAUCGCAGAAGUCCUCGUCCGUAAAGUUCCUGAUGACCAGCAGUUUCUGGACCUCCGGGUGGCGGUGCUGGGGAACGUGGACUCGGGGAAGUCCACCCUGCUGGGCGUGCUGACGCAGGGGGAGCUGGACAACGGACGAGGCCGAGCUCGGCUGAACCUCUUCAGGCACCUGCACGAGAUCCAGACCGGACGCACGUCCAGCAUCAGCUUUGAGAUCCUGGGCUUCAACAGCAAAGGAGAGGUGGUGAACUACAGCGAGUCUCGUACGGCCGAGGAGAUCUGUGAGACGUCCUCCAAGAUGAUCACCUUCAUCGACCUGGCGGGACACCACAAGUACCUGAAGACCACCAUCUUCGGCCUCACCAGCUACUGCCCCGACUUCGCCAUGCUGGUGGUCAGCGCCAACACUGGCAUCGCCGGUACCACUCGGGAGCAUCUGGGCCUGGCCAUGGCGCUGAAGGUUCCCAUCUUUAUCGUGGUCAGUAAAGUGGACCUGUGUUCUCGCGGCACCGUGGAGCGAACGGUCCGACAGCUGGAGCGAGUCCUGAAGCAGCCGGGCUGCAACAAGGUUCCCAUGGUGGUGUCCAGCCCCGACGACGCCGUCACCGCCGCACAGCAGUUCACCCAGUCUGCAUGCAUCACACCCAUCUUCACCCUGUCCAGUGUCUCCGGUCAGAGUCUGGACCUGCUCAAGGUUUUCCUCAACAUCCUCCCUCCACUCAGCAACAGCAAAGAGCAGGAGGAGCUGAUGCAGCAGCUCACAGAGUUCCAGGUGGAUGAGAUCUACUCAGUUCCUGAUGUGGGGACGGUGGUGGGAGGAACUCUGUACAGUGGGGUGUGCAGGGAGGGCGAGCGGCUGGUGGUGGGUCCGACCGAUGAGGGUCGGUUCCUGCGCCUGAAGGUGGGCAGCAUCCAGAGGAACCGCUCGGCCUGCCGGGUGCUGAGGGCGGGUCAGGCCGCGACGCUGGCUCUGGGGAACUUCGACCGCUCGCUGCUACGUAAGGGCAUGGUGAUGGUCAGUCCCAAGAUGAACCCGACCAUCUGCUGCCAGUUUGAAGCCGCCAUCGUCCUGCUCUUCCACGCUAAGACGUUCCGUCGGGGCUCUCAGGUCACGGUGCACGUGGGCAACGUCCGGCAGACGGCCACCGUGGAGGGUCUUCACGGAAAGGACGAGCUCCGUACCGGAGAAAGGGCCGUGGUUCGUUUCCACUUCAUCAAACAUCCUGAGUAUCUGCGAGUCGGCGCCAAACUGCUCUUCAGGGAGGGGGUCACCAAAGGUAUCGGCCACGUCACCCGCCUGCUCCCCCCCUCCCAGAACCAGGACCAGAACCUGGACCAGAGCCAGAGCCAGAGCCAGAGCCAGAACCAGGACCAGAACCAGGACCAGGACCAGAACUUCCUCGUUCACCUGGAGAGACACUGAACAUUUAACGUGUCCAAACCGUGGAACCCGACCUCCUGGGGUCCAGGAGAGGACUCGUUAUUAGAUGUAAAGCAUUAACCCACAUGUCCAGCUCAGUCUCGUCCUCCCGAGGACACGUCCUUUAACUCUUACAUGGACACAUGUUAUAUUUACUGACAUAUAUCUAGGUCUCGGUUGCCAGCGUCCGUGUCGUCCUGAUAGAAGAAGCUUCCUGCUGAUAAACUAAAGACGUGCAUGAGUUCUACGCAGGUGACGUUUCUGACAUAAGUGUUGAAGUGGUUUAAGUUCUGAGCUUCUGUGCUGUUGUGAAGCUAAAUAUCGAAUGUACUUUUUCCAUCAUCCUGUUGUUGCAUCUGAGAGUUGGACUCAGCCGUUGGUCCUGGAGGGGGACGAGGACGUUUACAGGUUAAAGACCCCCUCCACAUAAUAAACUGAUCCAUUCAACAUGUCUGAAACAUCUUCCUUUAUGGUGUCGCUGAGGAGCAAAAGCAUUUAUUUAAUAAACCUGAUGGUGUCAGAUCUACUCCAGUAAACGAUCACGAAUCAGCUUCAUCACAGCUCAAACAAACAUGAUCCUGUUCAUCGUUCACACAAAUAAAGAUUACAAAACAACAAACAAAUACUAAAUAAAAGAAACA